UCGCUUGGUCUUGCAGUUUCAGUUAAACUUGGUCAAUGUUAAGCUGUUUUCAUUAUAUCGUGAAUUUAUAUAUAUAGUCAUAUUGUAAUCGUUUUUUUCAUCCACUUUUUGAAGCCUUAACAUGGCUCAACCAAUUUAUGACAGAUUAUUACCAACAUUGGAUUAUAAUUUCAACAUUCACAGUUACAACAGUAAAUUGGACAAAUAUGAGACCAUUAGUAAUGGUAACCAUUUUGGUUGCAACAAGUCAAUCGGAAGUUUAGUUAAAUGUGCUUUUUUGUGUUUCUUGUUGUUUAUUGUUUUAACUGAUGCUUCACAAAAUUCUAUUCAUGUUGACAACAAUUCUUACAAGGAUAUUGUUAUCUCUUUUGAUCCUGCCAUCUCUACAAACCUUGUUUCAACUCUUCUGGAAAAUGUAGAGGAAAAAAUUCAACAAGUUUCUGACCAUUUAUUUACUGCCACCAAUCAAAGUUUGUGCUUUGGUGAAGUUAUUCUCCUUCUUCCUGACCAUUGGUCAUCUAAAAUAGGCAAUCGUCGUCUCAACACUACACGUUCAUUUACACCACUUGAUACGGAUAUUUACAUAAAUUCAAAUGGUGAAAUGUUUAAUGAAGAACCCUUUACCCAGCAAUAUGGACAGUGUGGAGUCGGUGGUAAAUUGAUUCACGUAUCGAAGGAGGUUUUCCUCAAGAAGGACAAUGGCAAUGUCGAUGUGAAAACAAUCUUGCACCAAUGGGCAGCUUAUCGUUAUGGUGUUUUCAGUGAACACGGUUUUCGCAAUGACAAGUUUCACCCCGAUUAUACUGUGGACACCUCUGAACGCCUUAUCAUGACUUCAUGCGCUUCAAAUGUUGAAGGUGAAACAAUGGACAUUAUUGUUUCUCCUGUUUCACCAUCGGCCGAUUGUUUCUCCCGGCCAUUAAGUGAUUCAUUUCCACCCACCAAUUCAUGCAGCCUAUCAACAGCACCUUCAACCAUUGUCUCAUCUUUAAUGUUUUCACCAAGAUUAUCAUCGGUAUCAACCUUUUGCUCAGAAGAUAAUCAUGAUGCCUUUUCACCAACCAAACAAAAUCGCCUCUGUGAUGGUAAAUCCAUCAACGAAGUUAUCCGAUCUCAUCCUGAUUUCAGGGGAUUACAAUCUAAUGCUAACAAAUGUAAUACCAAGUUUACUCUUGUCACUGAAAAGAGACCAAGGAUUGGUGUAUUCGUUGAUUUUAUCCUUGAUCAUGAUGAUUCGAUGAUUAUGCAUCCCAUUCUUACUUUCUUUAAACCUUACAACCCACUCAUCUUGCAAUUGCAACCACAUGAGGCUGGUGUUUUGACGGCUGAUGAUUUUACUCAUGGUCAUCCGGAAGACGUACCUGUUUGCUUUGACUGUGCCAUGGAACAUAUUCGAGGAAAUGUGAAAAAUGUUGAAAAUAGUAUCACUCAUCUUUAUCUUGUAACAGCGGGUCAUUACCGGACGGAUCGUUUUCCAUUGGAAUCUUAUGCAAAAGAGUUGCUCUCUUAUGAUAUUAAGGUUAAAGUUGUUAUUUAUCCUUACAGGCCAGAAGCAAAUUAUUCAACGCUUUUACGUUUUGCUCAGGCUGCAUCGGCUGAGCUCUUUGUCAUACCUCAUAUCGAUGCUAAAAGGCCUGGAUCGACUUACAAUCGUAUUGCUUUUCUGGAAACACUUGUUUUAGCUCAAGAUAACUUGCACCCUUCUGAACUUGUUGUACUAGCUAAAAACACAACCUCUGAAACUACAGAUUAUUCAUUCAAAUUCAAUGUUGACCAAUCUUUAAUUGAAGCUAACUAUUCAAUCAAAGUACUCCUUCUCUGUCAUACUGAGGACUCAUGCACCGAUAGACGAAUCGCACACAAAGUAUUUAUCAAUGAUGUGCCAGUUAAAGUUAAAGGUCAAAGAUUGGCUUCUUAUUCCAAUACUUAUACAUUUAACGCUCACCCGGAGCGUGGUCAAGAUGGCGUAUGGGAAGUUAAGUGGACUGGGCUUGAUGAUACCAAAGUUUCAUACAUCACAGCUAUUGCUGUCACUCCAGAUAGUGCAAAGGUCCCAUCUCUUGAGAGCAAUUUUUUCACUGGUUCAUGUUGGCUUUCACACAAACAACCCAUAAUUAGUCCCACUUCACGAGACCGUGUUUAUGCUUAUGUCUCAUUAACAAAGAAACUUCAUGAAUAUGUUCACAAUGCUUCGGUAGCAAUUGCUUUCUAUGAUGAGGUUGGUGCUCUUGUGUCCAUGGCUCCAAUGGUUGAUGAUGGUCUUGGUGAUCCUGAUAUUACUCGAGGUGAUGGUGUUUGGAGUUAUUUGCUUUCUGAUUUACCUGUAAAGCGUUUCAUUCGUGCAGAAGCUAUAAUAACCUCUGAACGGUUUACUUUGUAUCCUGGACUCAUGGAUCGUCCUUGUUGUGGUAGCGCUGUACCUGAACAACCUGUUGUUCAAGGGUACAAAGAUCUCAACCGAGUACUAUCGUGUGGCUCUUUUUACAUUGACGACGCUAGUUCUACUGACAUGUUUGUUAGAUCUAGUCGUACUUUUGAUUUAUCAGUUUCCUUGGUUGACGAGACAAGAUACAUUGUUAAAGUUGAUUUUACUCUGCCUACUGGUGCCCAUUCAAUUGAAGAUAUUAAAAUAUUCAAUUGGACGGAAAGACCCUUCAUUCGUUCUUCAUUUGAUUCUUAUGGUGUCCGCUUAUUCUCUGUUUUUGAACAAGGUUUGAACAAAUAUAGUAAAGAGUUUGAGAUUCCUAAAGGAACAGUAAGCAUCUCUGGUCCAUAUGUAAUUGCUGCCCAACUGAAGGAUCCAACAGGAGCCAAAAGUCUUUCCAAUUUGGUUAACAUCUACUUAAAUGGUGAGCCUGAUUUACCUAGUGAGCCGCCUGAGUCAAUCAUGCAAAGUUCAGAUUCUGAUUCAUCGGAUUUCUUUGAUAUUAUCAAUUCAGCGGGCCCCGGAAGGAGUUUCUUUAGUGGUUCGGAUGGUUCGGGUAUUCUUGGCAUUUGGCAUGUAACGUUCAUUGUGGUUGGUUCUUUCCUUUUCAUACUUGUGAUUCUUUUAUUCAUCAUCUGUUUGGUUGCUGGUCGUAAGAGACGAGGAACCGAUUCUGGUCGUCAUUCAAAUGGUUCUAACGGGUCAAUUAAUGUUAAAGAAGAAGCAAAGAAAAAGAUUCCUCCUGGCUCAAUGGGAACCGAAAAUCCUGAUAAAUCUGUUUACAGGUCUUAUUCAGAUGGUUUAAUGGGUGUCAAAGGUGAUGAUAUUAGUGAUAUUGGUCAUCAUCAUAUUCAUUCUCACCAUAUAACAUCCAAUCAUUUGACACAUCAAACAUCACACCUUCAACACCAGCAGCUUCAACAGGUACCACCAUCUCAACAGCAACAGUUAAACCAGCCAACCUACCAGAAUAGUUCUGUUAAUUUAGACAAUGGUAUUAAGGGAAUCAGUCCAGUCGAUUCAAUUCCUGCAAACAAAUUGUUAUCUCACUAUGAUAAAGUUAAACAAGCUAAACAGCGAAAUGAACCUUUACCUGUUAUGCGUAUUGAAGACAUCACAGAUAUUGGUUCUGUACAUAAUGCAUCCUCUUUAUCAGAUAAUGAUUCUCGUUUCCGAGGGUCAGUCACCGGUUUACCAGAUGAUCCUUUUGUAACAAUGUCUAAUGAUCUUAAUUCUUGGAGAUAUCCAGUCCCAGUUGAUCAAUAUCAAUAUUAUAAUCCUCAUGCCAAUUAUGUGCCUCAAAAUACCAAUCAUUUGCCCAAUAGUGUAAUUGAAUGGCGAAACUCUUAUGAUGGUUCGGAAACUAUUUCAGACUAUGAUCCCAGAUAUGGAACAGUUGAUAAACAAACUACUGCAGUUUCACAAGUAUGACUAUAGAUUUUUCAAACAAUUUAAAAUCUUCACACCAAAGAAAUUAAACGUCACCGACUAAAUUGUUCAUUUGAACAGUCUUCAGUCAUUAGCUUUAAGAGGCAAUUAACUAAUUAAAUUCAGAUUUACUUAUCAAACUGAAUUAUUCGUCACAAGAGGAUGUGAUUUAGUCAUUAUAAAUGUGGUUAGAGCCCAAAAUUUUCUUACCAGAGGAUCUCUUUUUAUCAACGGAAUCAACCUUGCAACAGUUUAAAGCCUAACACUUAAACAACUUUUCGAACAAUGUAAACAAUGCAAAAAAUUUGUAGAUUUUUUUCAAACUGGACCUGAUUUUCAACCGACAAUCAAACUCUAUAUGAAACAGCACUAUUCUUCUCUACUUCUACCUGUACAUUUCCAACUUUUUCGUUCAUUUCUUUUUUAUCCACCAACUUGUUGAGUUUCGUAUUCUAUUUUGGUUCAACUUUGGUCCAAGUAGCCGGCAAGCAAUGUAAAGAUGAUCAGCAGACAAAAUGAACAAACAACAUUCGCAAACCUCUUUCUCUACCUGAAGAUAAAACAUUCACACCAACAUUGCCCCAAUCUUGUGUUUUUUUUGCUUAGAUGUAAAGUGCCAUAUACAUUAAUGUAAAUACUUAUUACUCUAACACGAUUAACUCAAAAUUCGUGUUCAACUUUCUGAAACAAAAAAGCAAAUCGUUAUCACAGAAAAACAAAAAUAAAUAUUGUAUAUCUCAUUUGAAAA